UGGGUUUCCAUCUUCAGGCAGACGCUAUUCACCGGUAUCUUGUAUUUAACUAUAUUUUAUUUUAGAAAACGUAUUUUUCUUGAUAUAUAAUAUCUUAUAGCAACAGUAGGUAUGAGGUUUGGGUUUAACAUGCGGCAAUCCCAACAAAACUAGAGGCUUACGCGUCCUCUCAGGCAUGAAACCGUGCCUGACAGACUGUGAUGAGGAACUCGUAGGGAUAAUUGCCCGCUAAAAUCUGACUUCCAUUGCUCUGGAUGAAGUGGGACAACAUGUCAUCAAUGAUCCAUGUAUUAUAACUCCACGGGGUGUUAUCUAACAGUGGUAAUAGUUUAUCAGUCUUUAUAUGUUUGAGCUUCUAAACAGUCGUGAUGUGGGACGACAUAGAGCCUCUGAUCAACGAUGAUACAAACAAUGUCCGCUGCGGCAGUGUGUCAGAGGAAAAUGGCAGCAGUUUGUACCAAGUAGACACUCUGGUCAAGAUCUCAUCUUCAGGCAAGGUGCAGUCUGACCCCCAACUUUCCUCAAUCAAUGGCUCAAACUGGACUAUUCUUGUUGCUGACAAGACGGUUAUCCUCUUCGACCAGAACUGUCAGACAAUACUGCUGCUGCUUCACUUUGAAACUGAUGUUGACGCCAUUGACGUGUGCCUGGAAGGACAGUUUGUGGUGGUGUGCGAAAGAAAUGGGAACUUCCAUUUGAUCUUUGUUCCACAGAAGAGAAUUCUCUUCACCAAAACAUUGGUAGCCAAUGCCAGCAGUGGGGUGAUGAAAACAUAUCAUUCUCUCAUCACCGAGGAAGACACGGCGUCACAAGGAUUGUACCACGUGUUUCUUGUCACGAACGAUGGCUUCUUUCAUAUUACGAACCUUUAUCUGGCAAAGAUCAAAACAGCCAAUGAAAGUAUGGAUAUUUCCGCUUUGAAAAACCUUCAGAGUGUCAUCAAGAUAGACUUUUGCUCCACUGAGGAAUACCACAACGACGGCUGCAGCACAGCAGUGACGUUCGGUCUGGGCAAUGAAAUUCAUUUGUUGAUUGGGGGCAAAGGAGAGUAUGCUGUCACUCACUGGAAGAUGGACCCACAGCAGUCCAAGAUGUAUUUUGCUCAGUCAGUGGACAACACUUUAAUACCAGGUGUAGAGAAAAUGGUGGUAGUGGAAAAUCGUGUGUACAUUCUCGACACGCAGGAAGUCCUGAGCCUUUGGGAGCUGCACUUCCUGGUCAUGGUUCACACGUGGCCAAACGUCGCCGUUCUUGACUUUGAACUAACAACUGAAUGUGGCUCUGCAGCCUUAGUGGGACAUCAAGUGGAGGACGGCAUGAAGAUGAUUACGUUGGAGAAGCAAGAAAAGAGUCAGAACAAUUCGCUACUGAUUCGAUGUUUGCCAUUAAUGACAGUUUGCUACCGCCUGGAUGUCUUCUCCGUCUCCUGCCUGGUCCACACUAAAAUAAACAUGGACACCAUUUAUUACGCAGAGGGGAUUUGUACAGUCUCAGAAAGUCAGGAAGAGUGUGUGUCGUCUGUCGUCGUCCGAUGCCUGACUGAGGCUUUACCUGAGAGCAGGCUCAGUCGACUUCUAUACAAACACAAAUUUGAAGAGGCCGAAAGGUUUGCCAUUGCCUUCCAGCUGGAUUUAGAACUUGUCUACAAGGUGAAGCUGGACUUUGUGCUGGAGCAGCUGGCCUCGGCGUCGGUGGGCGGCUACGGACAGGACGUGUGGUCGGAGCUGGUGGAGGAGGCAGAGAUCAACUUGAAGAAGAUAGCAGAUGAGCACUAUGUGGUGGAAUAUUGCCUGACGGCUCCGUGGCCCACCUUUGAAACCGCGGAGAAGAUGCUCAACUACGCUGCCACCCAGUACUCAUCCUUGCCGAUCCAGGAGGCUUUGGCCAAACUGGGAAUGUUCUCCAGCCUUUACGGACAGGAAAAAUUCAACGGCAUCGCCUGGAUGGAAUUCCUGAACUGCACAGACUUGCUUGGAGACAUUUUGACCCACCUAAGAGAUGGAGACUUGAGGGGUGCACAGUUCCUUUGGCUGCGAUAUGAGGGUCAGAUUGCAGGUUCGUUCCAUGAGAGCAGCCUCCAGGCCGUCCUCAGCGCCAUUCCAGAGGAGCUACCGUCCCAAGAUCUUUGUCCUUGGUUUCGGUCGGUGUUUUUGCCUUUUGUGAGAAGAGUGCUGCCAGCAGGACAGAAAAUCCUGGCCAGGUGGAUAGAGCAGAAAGCACGCAAUCUGGAGUUGACAGAAAAGGGCGCUUGGCCCCAGAACGGACUGGACCUGGCACAGCUCGGACUGCCAUCUUUAUGGUCAUGGAUGAAAUCUGAUGCCAAUGACGGUGCAGAAGAGGUGAAAAACCUCAGGACUCUGGUGUCAAACUUGCGUCAGUUGCUUGACCUGCACAAGAAAUAUAACUGCAGGCUUUCACUUUCAGUCUUUGAGAAGGGAAAUAUACGCAGCGUCGCUUCCCUAAUGCUCGACAAAGUAGCAGCUCCUGAGCUGAUCUCAGCCACCGUAAAGAACAACAUCUUGCCUUAUGCUGAGGAGCAUCACAUUUCUUUGGAUGAGCUACUCCUACAGUAUAUUAAGGAUUUACUAGAACGUUGCAGCUCGCAAACUACAACACUUUUUACAGAAUGGGAAGCCAAAGCAGUGGCUGUCCUGGGAUGCAUGGCUGACACGGAUCUGAAGGUGGAUGCGGUGCUGGAAAUCAUGCAGAAAGCUGUGUUCCCCUGGAGUAAUGUGGUGGAAAAGCUGGUUCAGCAAUACCUGGAGAUGGACGGACCUAAACAAGAGCUUUUAAAGGAGAGCUACCGCCUGAUGGAAAUCCGCAAACUUCUCCGUGGCUACGGCAUCCGCAACUACAACCACUCAAACAUAGGUCAAAUUAAGACAUUAGUCAGAUACAUACUCAAGCAAGACGUUCCGACAUGCCUUGACGACGCCCUCACUUUGGCACGAGCGUACAUACUUCCAACGUCGGAGAUCCACUACUUGUAUAUCCUCCGGCUUAUAGGCCAGGGCGCGAGCGAAGAAUGCAUUGUGGCGCUGAGGAGGUUGCCGGCUGCAGAGGUAGAGUGUGUGAUGUUGCGUCUUACAUCCUGGGCCAUGCUGCAGCUGGAGGACAAAGACCACAUUUCUGAUGAACACAAAAAACAGAAGAUGGUCACUGCUCAGGUGAUGGUGGAGGCAUUGAAAUACCAGCAUGUGAUACAGAAACAUGAUACUCUUAAAAGCAUGGAGUGUGAAAACAGCCUGUGCACAUUCAAAGUUAUCGCCCACCUACAGGAAGAUUUUGAUCUCUUCAUCACCCCUGCCAACUACGAAGACGCCAACAUUCGCCAACAAAUCCAGGAGCACCAUAUCACGGCCUACGAAAGAACGCGUGGCAGCCGUUCAUCCGAUAGCAAGAACACGGCCGCCCCGGUAAUGGCCAACGAUCCUGAUGGAAAGACCAGGACCAUCUCCACCCAGGCGGGCCUGUGUCGCCUGGGGAGGCAGCUGCAGCGCACCAAACAGGAACUGUGGUCCGACUUGGCCCUGCGCGCCCUGGGAGUGGGCAAGGUUCACAAGGCCCUCAAGAUUCUCAGCGAGCUCUAUGAGCACCACAACAACACCAGCACAGGGAAAGUGUUGUUUACUGCCGCCAAGACAUUAUGUCAGAUGCUGGAGGCGGACGUGCCCAUGGUGCUGCCUGAUGAAGCGGACUUGCCGGUUGUCAUCCAUGAGCUCGCCUGCCAAGCCAUCACUGUGUGCCAUCCCGACUUGCUGCUGGAUUGUUUGGAGCUUUGCAAGUCCACACGGAUUGCAAUGGAUGUCUAUCAUCAGUGCCAAAUAUCAGACGACUACGGCUUUGCAGCCAAGGAUUUGGCCUUGGGUACGGAGGAGAAUGUUUAUUCGCAGUGGAGCUUCCAAAAUGUUUUUAAUGAAGACUGCAUUGUGUUGGACCCAUUGUCUGUGUUACCUGUUCAGUAUGAACUCACCAAUUGCUUGCUGCCCAUUUCUCAAGAUACCAAAUUGUACCCGUUGGACUGCUCCUGCCUCUCACACUGCUCUUUUGAAGACGGUUCAAAUUACUUGCACCCCCUGACGAGUCCUCUCAAAAGAAUGAUGCAGAUGUUACAGGAGUGCAGUCAGCUGCAGCUGGCCAUGAGAGUGAUGGUCAACUCAUAUGGCAGCUGUCUGCAACAUGUUACCUCCAACAUUUUGAACCCAAAGAUUACUGUACAGGUUCAUGAUGCGCAAGAGCUGAGUAAGUACAAUGUGUGCUUGAAUGAUUUGCGUAAGAGCAUUGCCUCGGCCCUGAAUCAUGUAGCUGUGGCCCUGCUGAACAAGGUGUUGAACUGGAGGGUGGUUGAUUGCAAUUUGGCCAUUGGAAUCUGUACGCUGCUCCCGAACGAGGAAGUCUUUAAAAUACUGUGGAAGAUUACCGACAACACGUGGGAAAACUAUGAUAAAAUCUUGGCUGUGGCCAAGAUUGGGGCUAAUCUCUGCUGUUUGUACGAUAAAGUGGAGGAAAAAGAGAAGUUUCUUUCUGUCAUCGCUGAGGCUGAAUGGGGCAUCAAGCUUGCCAAAUUAGAGAUCUCCAUCCAGCCUGUGUUUCGCGAGUGGUCUGACUUGAGCAUCGUGAUCCCCAUUCUGGUGAAAAACAAGAGGAUCACUCCAGAUAUCAUCCUUGACUACUGCAGCACAUUCGGUCUGGACCAAGACACCGUCAUCAACCAGUACAUCACCACCGUGCUACUGCUCCGAGGAGAGGAGGAUGAAGAGGAGUGUGAAGAGGAGCUGGGUACUAUUGGCCAACCGGACGCCAAGCCCCUGUGCCAUGCGGACGCGCUAGAGCGUGUUCUGCAGAUCAUCCCCAAGCUGCAUCAUUCCAGCGAGCUCUUAACCAAUCUUUCUGCUGCCAUUUUCAAGGUCAGUCCUUACAACUAUGAAAGGAUCGAGGUGGUGUUAAAGAUCCUCCAGGUUGCAGAUGAAAAUGUGCCAGGUUUGCCUGUCAAUCAGGCAAUGGGCCUCCUUCAGCACUUGAAAUCCUACAAGCGAAGGUCUCCCCCAACGGACGUGGAACAGACAUAUUUCCUGGAGAACAAUCUGCAGCCCAGCCCCCUCCACAAUGUCAGGCUGCCUUUUCACUUGCUCAUGCAGAUCAAACACUACUGGAAGAUCAUCUCUCCAGAGCUCAGCGAGGAGACCUUCCCUACUCUCCUUCUGAUUAGCAAACUGAUGAAGGUGAGCCUGGACAAGCUCUACAUGCUUGCAGUGACCCACAUGUUUGAGACAAAAAUGAAGCCCCUGGUCCUUGAGCAAAGGAACCGGGGUCAUGCUCAAGGCUUCAACAAGGACACUUUCGAAGUGGCAAAGACCAUCAUGACGUACAUCCACAGGAUCCAGAACCCAGAGUGGGCGGUUGCCACUGCCCACAAGAUCACCCAAGAACUGCCUCCUGGCUAUGGGAAGGCGCAGUCCCUUAAGUUCUGCAUGGCCCUAGGAGAUGCUUGGCUCAAGAAUUCAAACCUUGACGAGUCGUCGCGGACCCGAGGGGAGGCCUUUCAGUCCAAGCUGAAGCUGCAACUCCAGCGGUCAGCAACAGAAAACACCUUGAUGGCCAGUCAGCUCAACAGCCCGGAGCUCCUCAAGCUGACGGCCGCUCCGGACAGACUCAUUAUGGCUCUUUAUGAGCACAGCAGUGUGGAACAGCGCUUCACCGACUCUGCGGGCCACACCUACCCCGACAUACAUGCGUCUGUUAAGGAAAUAGCGUCCAUCAACAACGUGGAUCUUAUAAAAGUCCGUAACAUAAAGUUGGAAAAGUGGAUCUGCAGAACAAGUCUUGCUGUCGCCAAGGAUAUUGGCCACCAUGACUGUGUCAGCAACUUUAAGGAUGACCCAGACCUAAUGAAGGUGGUUUACAUGCUGCAAGAUUACACCACAGAUGAUGCUGUUUGCCUCCUCCGUGACAUCUUGUCUGCUGAAAUCUGGCCUCUCAGCGGUUCAGGGCCACGUUUGACAUUUUAUCAUAGAACCCGAGCGCUCCUUUGCCUAGUGCGACUCGCCGAUGCCGCCACACUUGAGACGCAGUUAAAAAUCAACCGGAGUGAAAUCGACUACUACGUGAAGUGCCACAUCUUUGUCACCCGCCUGGAAGCUCUGAACAUUCCCCACACAGUGAAGUCGUUCCACAGCAGCCCCAAAGAGGGCUUGAUUAAAGGCCUGUGGAAGAACCACAGCCAUGAGCCACAGGCUGUGCGCUUGGUGGCAGAUAUGUGCCUGGAGUACAAGGUGUACGACACGCAGCUAUGGAACAGUCUUCUUCAGAAGAUGCUUGGCUUCAACUUGAUUAGCGAUCUCCAGAAUGUGCUAGAAACAGUGGUUUCCGUUCCAGCUCUUUGGGAGAUCUCCAGUUUCUCCAGGACCUGGAAGAGUGUACUACUUGCACCUUUUGUUUCAGCUUCUUUGCCUUUGAGCGCUGAUCAGCAAGCAACACUCUACAGGAACUUUGUUCUCCUCCUAAAGUGUCCGUUCUUGUUGAAUUUGGAACUAAUCGGAAUUGCCAAAGGCUUCGCACAGUUCAACCUGCUGGCCUUUGCCCUGGGGACUCUCCUCCUCAUCCCCUGUGCCAGCAAGAAAGCUCAGCAGAUUGAAGGCUUUCUGUCCACGCGCGACCCAGUCACUGUGCUGGACCAGGAGGAGGAGCUUAUGAACACCGGGGAACUAGCUGGUAUCCCCUUACAGAUUAGGGAAAUGGUGCUGGCUUUUGUCAUCCAACAUGGCCAACACAGCAAGCUGGUGAAGACCAAACACUUCUCACGUCUAAAGAAGUUCAUGGUGACCAAAGGCCAACCAGACCAGAUGAAGGACAUGGCCAACUACCUGGUCAACAUCAACUGUCAGGACGACGCUCACCGGCUGGUUCAAGAGUAUACCAAACAAAGAGAGGAUCUCACAGGAAAACGAUGAAAAGAACCUCGAGUUUUUCAAAUGCUUUUUCCUGUAGGACCAAGCAGAAUGGAGUCUGCCUUCUUCAGUCUUUCGUAUGAAAAACAAUAUUUAUAGUACUCUCUUUUUUUUUAUAUUCAUAUAAAUAAUUCCCCACUUUUAAGUAUUCCAUCCAUCCAUUUUUCUACUGCUUGUCCCGUUAAGUGAUAUUAUUGUAUGAACAAUACUCCUGUCAAAUUGUGUCAAUCACAAUCCAAUAAAUGCUUCAAUUUA